AUGAAAUGGCGCCGGGGGAAGUCCGGUCGCCUGACUCGUGGAAAGUUCAAGCUUAGUGCGAGUGCCAGAGUGGGAAUUGAAACUGGCUCGCGCUCUCGGCACUUCCGACCGCCGACAUUUGGGCUAAGGAGACCCGCCAACGGGCUUGGCUACCUUGGGAGUGCCAGAGUGGGUGCCUUCAGCCUUCGCGAGGACUUUGAUACUCGCCUCGCCCCGCUUAGUCUUCUUCGAGAUAGACUAAAGAAUAUUGGCGAAAACGAAGCCGUCGACCUUCGGGUUGUUUCGAAUAGAGUGAACGAUCACAUUUCCACGGUUUGCUCUAUCAAUCACAUAUCAGUCACAUACACACACACCUACAGCCCGCUAGGGCUAAGUCAGGAGCUCCAAAACCUUGGGUGUAUAUGCAGCAACCCGCACAGCUGGCGAUUCCCGAUCAAGUCUAUUCCGUACACUCCUUUCGGUAGAACCACCACCAACUAA